ACUGCGUGCGUUUUCGCAAUUUGACGGCUUCCGAUUCAACUCCUCCUUAUGUAUGGAAUUUCUCCAUUUUCAGAUAAUUUCAAAUUCUAAAUGCUACAAAACAAAACAGCCUAAGGAAUUUGAUAAAUCGUUUGCCCAUUAAUUGGGGUUGUAAUUCAAUUCAGUUUCAGCUCACAGAAAAACGAAAAUGGCGAAGGGGCGAGGAAAUCGGCACCAGGGCAAGAGAUCGUCUACUGUAGUUUUGGUGCUCUCGAUGCUAUUAAUGCUUUCAGUCGUGCUGCUGAUGCUUCUCGGUCUAGGAAUUCUCUCUCUCCCCAUUGGCUCCGAUGAUGGAUUGUCAGCGAUCGGAGAUCACAUCAAAUUGAAACGCUUAAAAAUAGACGUAAAAAACGAAGGAAAUGGAUUGGGGGAGAGAACGGAGCAGUGGAGUGAGAUCCUGUCGUGGGAGCCUAGGGCUUUCUUGUAUCACAACUUUUUGUCUAAGGAAGAAUGUGAGUAUCUGAUAAAUCUUGCUAAACCCCACAUGGUAAAAUCAACAGUGGUUGAUAGCAAGACUGGCAAGAGUAAAGAUAGCAGGGUUCGCACAAGUUCUGGAACAUUCUUGAGGAGAGGUCGGGAUAAAGUUAUCAGAAAUAUUGAAAAAAGAAUAGCAGACUACACUUUCAUUCCUGCAGAGCAUGGAGAAGGCCUACAAAUUUUGCACUAUGAAGUGGGGCAAAAGUACGAGCCUCACUAUGACUACUUUCUUGAUGAAUUUAACACCAAAAAUGGAGGUCAACGCAUAGCUACAGUGCUUAUGUAUUUGUCAGAUGUUGAAGAAGGCGGUGAGACAAUUUUCCCUGCUGCCAAGGGAAACUUUAGCUCUUCUCUAGGUUUGUCAGAGUGCGGUAAACAAGGCCUGGCUGUGAAACCAAAAAUGGGUGACGCUCUACUUUUCUGGAGUAUGCGCCCUGAUGCUUCUCUGGAUCCAUCAAGCUUGCAUGGAGGCUGUCCUGUUAUCGAAGGGAAUAAAUGGUCUUCUACAAAGUGGAUGCAUGUUGGUGAAUACAAAGUGUAGAGUAUCUAUAAGAAUCAACUUUGAGUACACCUCAAAUCACAAUCAUUGGGCUUCAGCUUCUAAGAGUGUUUUAAUGGGAAUUCCGGCUCUUUUCUUCUCUGCAACAUAAGGAAUAGGGUGCUUUAGAUUUAUCGCCUCGAGCUAUUGUUUCAAGUUUCUUUGGUGAACUUGAGGCAUCCUUAGCCUUACUUGUUGCACGCAGUAUAAGUAAUCUGGAGAAACAUGUUGCAGGAGACAAGAUUUGGAGGAUUCUUCCCCAGAGAAAAUCGCAUGGCUGCUACUAUGCAUCCUGAAGAUUAGCAUUCUUAUCCUUCUGACUCAAACGUACGAAGAAAUUUCACAGGUAGAGUUUGUAUGUUCGAUGCGGCGCCAUAGGUUCAGGACAAGCUGGAUUAGAAUGAUAACUGUCUAGAAUGAUCGCUUUUUGUAACUUUGUAAACAUCACAUUGUAAGCUUAUAUUUGUUGUGUCUAAAGCUGUACCAGUUUUUCCCUUGGGCUGGGAACUUCUUUGAUGCCAUGUUAUGUUCUUCACAGGGAAACUAUACAUAAUAUUUUAAAGGGAAAAAAGUAAGAAAUAUUUUGGGUGAAAA